UAUCACAUAUUUUGUUUGUUCAUCAAUCUGUUUCAACCUUCAAGUCCAAAACCUAAGACCCUAAUAAUAAUAUUCUCAAAAAAUAAAAUAAAAUGAAGUUGCACGUCCAGAUAUCCUAAAAUUUUGCUAUUUCAUUUUUUUUUUUAAAUCUAAUCUCAUAUUCUAUAUUUGGAUUUCGUUAAUGUUGGUCCAAAAUCGAAAUCCGAGAAUGAUGGGGUUGGAAAGUUGCAAUUUUUACAUAGUUAGGGUUAGGGUUGACAGAGUUGUUACUCUUCCUUUUCGGUGGGAGUGGGGACUCUCCCCCACCUUUCUCCUCUCUGUGCAAGACCGUUACCUUUUUUUCUUGCCAAUAAUCAAUUACGCGCUUUCGGUUGACACACUUACACCUAACAUAACCAUUUCCCAUUUCAUUUCUGUUUUGUGGUUACUUUUUUCUUUUCUUUCCAUUCUUUAAUUUCGUUCCUUCUUAGGGAGAAAAAAACAAGGUUUGUGUUUUCAUCGUCCUUCAUUUUCCGUUAUAUUUCAUGUUAAUUAGCUUGGAUGUUUAAUUGUUGAUGAUGAUCCAUGCAAUUUCUUUAAGGAUGAUUAUGAUUCUGAAGUAUGACUUAAUUUCAGGGGAUUGUUUUUGUUUUCUCUCCUGAGAUUGUUAUGAAUUCACGAUGAUCAAUCAGAUCAUCAGAUCAUACGCAGGAUCAUUAAUUAAUUUUUUUACAGAAAUCAAUGCUGGUUUAUUUAAGAACCUUUUUCUUUUUUUGGUUCUGAAUCCGAAUCAAUUUGUGAUGAUUUUGCACAUGCUUUUAGUUGUAUGUCACAAUUCAUUCUCCCCCCUCUCUUGCUGGAUUCAUAUGAGUUUGAAGUUGUCUGAAUAUGAAAAUAGCAUUGCAAUAAUAUGGUGUGCCAUAUUUCACAUACUUUCUUUGCUAGACAAUUCUGCAUUUUGUACAGUCUACUAUCAUGGAAUUAAAUGGGCAAAUUUGAACGUUGAAGCUGCAAUAUAUAUACAUGAAAUUUACGUUGUUAGGAAAGUAGGAAUGGUUAGUGCCCUUUCAAAGAAGACUUUGUCCAGUGGAGAUUUUUCAUUAUUAUUUUGGUAGUUUUCAGGGUAAACAAGUGGUGAACAAUAAAUGGAUCCAUUCAAGUUAAUCCUGCUCCUUGAAAUGCUUUCAUGCCAAUGAGAAAAAAAAAGCUUGGUUACAUUGUUGCUCUUGCUAAGAUUCUCAAAUUAGAAGGGUUCUUGAUCUGAACUAUUUGGUUGAACCUUGACUGGUUAUGGCAGUGGAAGAUUAUGAUAUUGAAACAGUAACAACCUUCACCAAAGAUCAAGCUAAGGUUACUGCUCCGCGCUAUCUCAGCGCUCCGCAGGGUUCGUGUCAUGAUUUGUGCAAAUUCGGCAUCCAAAAUGCCACCACCGAAGCUAAACCAUGGAAAAGAGCAAAGAAAAGGGUAACUGUUUCCACAGGGGGAAUCAAAAACAAAGUACAGGAAGAGAAUAUAACUUCUUUGGCAUGGACAAAGAAAUCAGGCAUUAAUUCAAAGCCUUCUACAACUUCAAAAUUUGGAAGUUCCAAUACUCUUGCUGACAUCAAGGAAGUAAUAAAUGAAGAAACAGUCAAUUCAAAGAAAAAUUCACCACCUUCUGCAGAAACAAAUGUUUCCACCAAGGAGCACAAUAACAAUGAUCUGAGAAAAUCAGUAAGCCAUUCAAAGCCUUCUCCAAAAUCAAAAUUUGGAAGUUCGAAUAGUCUUGUUGAUACCAAGGAAGUAAUAUAUGAAGCAGCAGUCAAUUCAGAGAAAAAUUCAACAACUGAAGAAACAAAUGUUUCCACCAAGGGGCACAAGAAGAAGAAGCAGAAUAACAGUGAUAAAAGAUUUUCCACCAAGGAGCAGACUAACACCGAUUUAAGAAUUUCAACCAAGGAGCACAAUAGGAGGAAUCUAUGGCAAGCACAGCAAGAAUCUUCAAAAAUUCUAGCUUUAAUUGGAGACAAGGAAUAUCCAAGUCAUACAAAAGGGGAGACAAUAAAAGACAAAGUUGUUUCUUGUUCAAGCAGCAUAAAACACUCUGAAAUCAAUAGCAAACAGAAGACAAAGCUAUCAUUAAUUGAAGGCAAGACUACCAAGACUACCAAGAAAGCUUCAAAAUGUACGACGAAGAAAGCUUCAAGCUUGAAUGCCAAGACUACCAAGAACUUGAAAAGUGUGUCUUCUAGGAAAGGUAAUGAGAAGGUUGAAGCCAAACCUGAAUUAGCCAGUAAUGACAUUCUACAUGAAAUUGUGCAUACUCUAGAUGAGGAACAUACUCUACCUUCUGACCACAGCAUGUUGCCUUCAGCAGCAACGAAGGGCCUUAAUCAUGCUGGACAUGGAACUUGUCCAAGUGAGUCUAUGUCUAUUCUAUCCGCUGGAGGUGAAGGCAAGAGAUCACAUACCCGGACACUAUCGAGUUCAUCUCUCUCUCUUAUAUCCUUUGGAAACAAAGGCAAGAUAUCACAUUCGCGGACACCAUCAGGUUCAUUCCUCCCUCUUAUAAACUUUGGAAGCAAAGGCAAGAAAUCACAUUCGCGAACACCAUCAGGUUCAUCUCUCCCUCUUAUAUCCUCUGGAGGUAAAGGCAAGAAAUCACAUUCACGGUCAAUAUCAUUAUCUGAUUUCUCAUUAAACACUUCCAAUGGAAAACCUGGCAAGAAAUCACAUUCACGGUCAACAUCAUUAUCUGAUUUCUCAUUCAAUGGAAAACCUCUUAUAUCCUCUGGAGGCAAAGGCAAAAAAUCACAUUCACGGUCAACAUCAUUAUCUGAUUUCUCUGAUUUCUCAUUAAACACUUCCAAUGGAAAACAACACGAUGAUGCUACUUUGAAGAAGACAGGAAACAGUGAAAAUGUGAAGAUGGGGUAUCAAGUCAAGCCAAGAGUGAGCACAGUAGUUGGGGAAACAAAUAAGGUUGCUCCUCGGAAGCUUACUUUUAGGAGAGGAAAGGUGAUUGAAAUUCAGCCUGAGAACAACAACAUUCCAAGGAGACUCAAAUUCAGGCCGGUGCGCACCCUUAAUUAUGACAAUCCUAGAGAUAUCAAUGCUCCUACAAAUGUCAUAACUGAAAUAUAUUCACCUAAAUUCCAAAUCGCAGAAGCAAUUAAAAUGAGAAGCAUUGCAAGAGAGACUGGUACAGAGGUAGAUGGUUCAAAACCAGAAUCUGAGGAGGAAGUGUUAAUUAGGCCCCCAAGUGUGGAGAAGAAAGCAAACCGGCGUUUGUAUAACAAUGUGAUUGAAGAGACAGCAACCAUGCUUGCUGAGGUCAGGAAGAGCAAGGUCAAGGCACUUGUUGGUGCAUUUGAAACAGUAAUAUCUAUUGAUUCUCGUAGACAAUCCAGGUCCGCUUUACCAGAAGUAAGCACACCAUGUUAAGUUUGCCUCAGGUCUUGAAAUGUGUUCAACAUGUAAAUGGUGUGUAUAUAUAGAUGAUUAAGCAUGAGAGAUACAUACAUGCAAGAGGAAAGGUCUGAUUCUGAGAGUUGAUUUUCUGUCACAGGCUUUCUGAAAACUGCAAUUAUUUGUGGCUUGGAUUUGUUGAGCUGGGAUUGUUAAUGCUGUUUCCUGUACUGUUAGUGGUUGCUAAUAAAGAAUUGGUGAAUGAGGGGAUUUCACUGUUAUUUUGUACUGUUAGUGAUUUAGUGGUUGCUAAUAAAGAGAUUUUGCAUUAAUAAUCAUUCAAGAAUCAGCUCCCCUCACCUCUUUCCCUUCAACAUUUUCUCAUUUGAUGGAACUCAGCUACUUCUAAUUUUCUUGAUUCUGAAUAGAUGUUAUACAUAGUUGAGCACACAUUUAGUUAUUGUAUCAAGUGGAUUUACUUAAAGCCAGAACAAAAAGAUACUCUUUCGCCUAUGCUAUAUUGAUGGCAACUGCAAAUUGAAUACUGGGACAAAAUGUAACUAGAUGUGACCAAUUUUAUUUCAUUAAUACAUGUAUUACAACCAGAACAUUGAGUAGUUGUGAUAUAAUAACAACAGUUUGAACAUCAAAUAUUGAUGUAAUCUCAUCUGUAUAUAUAAU